AUGCCUAUCACCAAAGUCGACGUGAAGCCUGCGCAUGAGCAGAAGCACCUGGACGCCAUACCAUGGCAGGAGCUGGUUGAUAAAAAGAAGCAACAACUUGCUGGUGCGAUCCCAGAAAAGUGGAAGCUUGACGUCUCUCUAGUCAGAAAAUUGACAGAGGCGAAUGGAGGCCGACUUCUUGAACUCGAUCCUGCAAGAAGAUCAGGGGUUCUAGAUGAUGUUGAGCUCGACAUCACUGAGAGCAACUCUGCCGUGGAACUCGUCAACAAGAUGGCACUUGGCCGUCUAACGGCAACUCAAGUGGUAACGGCCUUCUGCAAAAGAGCCGCUGUUGCUCAGCAGCUUGACACCUUCAAAGUAGUGGGUUUCGACGCAACGGCGGGCUACGUCAACGGCCUGAAGUUGGGGCCUGCAACCACAAACUCGUGUUUGGUCAGCGUCUUGCUGGAUGCAGGUGCGGUUCUCUACGUCAAGACGAACGUGCCGCAGACUCUCAUGACUGCAGACUCGGAAAACCAUAUCUAUGGCCGCACAUUGAAUCCUCACAGUCUCAGUCUCAACGCUGGCGGGUCGAGUGGAGGCGAGGGCGCCUUGGUAGCCUUUAGAGGUUCACCGAUCGGAGUUGGUACCGACAUCGCCGGCUCCAUUAGAAUCCCGGCAAUGUGCUGUGGAAACUACGGGUUCAAACCGACGAACCAUCGGGUGCCAUAUGGAAACCAGUCUGAAGGGGCUAUCUUGAGUCUUCCUGGUCCCUUCCCAUCUGAUGGUCCAAUCGCUAGCACCAUGGAAGAUCUUCAACUAUUCAUGAGUGCGGUCAUCAAUCAGCGCCCAGGAGCAUACGAUGCCACCGCUCUUGAUCUGCCUUGGCGAAAGCCAGCAGUCGGACAGUGCCUGCGACUCGGGGUGUUGGAAGAAGAUCCUGCCUGGCCACUUCAUCCGCCAGUUCGCCGAGCCUUCGAAGAUGCCGUCAACGCUUUAUCCGUUGCUGGUCACGAAGUCGUGCGGCUCCCGUAUGACUACGAGCGUAGCGUUGACCUUGGGCUCAGGCUCUCGUACCAGUUCUUCGAGCUGGCGCAUCCUCCAGAGGAAGACCUUGCAGCCGUCCUUGGUGAGCCAUUGGUCAAGGCUGCUGCAGCGAGAAUGCACCCAUUUACAGCCAAGCCACGGCCUGUCCCUAAGGACUUGGCAGAGCCAUGGCAUCAUCUGGAUGACCUGGAUGCUGCGCGCGCCAAGUUCGCCGAGACGUGGCACCGCACGUGGUUCGAUCACAAGCUGGAUGCAAUUGUGGCACCAGGGGCUGACAAGACCGCCGUGCCCCAUGACACGUAUGGCCUGAUGCCAUACACGGUGGUGUUCAAUCUCCUUGACGUAAGUUGCGCCAGUCUCUCGUAA